CGAUCGCAGACCCUACGACAGAAUUAUAAGCGCUUGUGGUGUAAAUAUUGUAGUGUAACUGUGAAUUUCUCCAAGCGUGUAGAGUUUAUUUCGUAUAUUUGUUGAAAUAAUAGACCAUCAGAGUUUUGCUGACUAUACAGCUACAGUAUAAAUAUAAUUUAUUCUACACUUUAAAGUUGUAAUUGUACAAUGAACUCGGCCUAGUGGAUGACAGCGACCAUCAACACGACUUGAUUCAGCAUGGAUUUACAGUUCAGAUCUAGGGAUAGAGACAGGAUAAGGGAAAGGGACCGUGGCUCUGAUAGGAAUUGGGACCGUGACCGCAGAGACAAGGAUCGGGACAGGUUUAGGGACAGAGAUCAUGACAGAGACAGAAGGGACAGAGACAGGAGAGAUAGAGAUAGGGACAGAGGGCGACAGAGGUCAAGAUCGCCCCACAGAUCAUCAAGAGACUCUCGGAGUGCAAAAGUAGUGAAAGAGGAGGAUGAUGAAGACAAGGAAAAGAAAGAGCCACUGUCUUUGGAUGAAGUUAUUGCGAGGAAAAAAGCAGAACAGGAAGCUAUGUCAAAGCCCAAGUUUCUGACUAAAGAAGAGAGGGCCAAACUUGCUUUAGCUAAAAGACAAAAAGAUGUGGAAGAGCAAAGAAGAAAAUCAGAUAUUGAUAGAAAAAAACAAAUGGAUUUUCAGAAACAGGCUCAGAUGUCAUACGAAGAUCCUUAUGAACGGGAACGGCGUGAAAGGAGAGAAAAAAGAGAAAGAGAGCGUGAACGAGAUAUGGAUGAGGAUGAAAGAGAAAAGGCCAAACAGGAAAGAGAUGGGGAGAAAGAAUUACAGUCUAUCAAAGAUCGUUAUCUAGGGAUGGUGAAGAAGAAGAAAAGAAUAAGACGUCUCAAUGAUCGUAAAUUUGUUUUUGAUUGGGAUCCCACAGAAGACACAUCACAGGACUACAAUCCAUUGUACAAAGAAAAACACCAGAUACAGUUGUAUGGGCGUGGGCACAUUGCUGGUAUUGAUCUGAAAGCACAGAAAAAAGACAAGUGCAAAUUUUAUGGAGAGUUAUUGGAAGAGAGAAGAACUAUACAAGAGAAAGAACAGGAAUUGACAAGACAAAAGAAAGAGAAACAGAAGGAGGCUAAACAGAGGUGGGAUGACAGACAUUGGUCACAGAAAACCAUUGAAGAAAUGCAAGAACGUGAUUGGCGUAUUUUUCGUGAAGAUUACAACAUUGCUACAAAGGGUGGCCGUAUACCCUUACCUAUUCGUAGUUGGACGGAAGCUGGAUUGCCUGACUACAUUAUUGAUGUUAUUGAUUCUAUGGGUUAUAAGGAACCCACUCCUAUUCAGCGACAGGCAAUCCCUAUUGGUUUACAGAACCGUGAUGUUAUCGGUGUAGCUGAGACUGGUAGCGGUAAAACUGCAGCUUUCCUAAUACCUCUAUUAGUGUGGAUCUCAUCACUGCCAAAAAUAGCUAGACAAGAAGAUGUUGAUCAAGGGCCAUAUGCAGUUAUUCUUGCUCCCACCCGUGAAUUGGCUCAACAGAUUGAAGCUGAAACAAUUAACUUUGGAAAACCACUUGGUAUUCGUACCGUGUCCAUUAUUGGUGGUAUCUCUCGUGAAGAUCAAGGAUUCAAACUACGUAUGGGUUGUGAAAUUGUAAUAGCUACUCCAGGUAGAUUGAUUGAUGUCUUGGAGAAUCGUUAUCUUGUUCUUAAUCAGUGUACGUAUGUAGUACUUGAUGAGGCUGAUCGUAUGAUUGACAUGGGUUUUGAACCUGAUGUACAACAUAUUUUGGAGUAUCUUCCUGUUAGCAACCAAAAACCUGACACUGAUGAUGCUGAGGAUCAUGAUAAACUGUUAGCGAACUUUGCGUCCAAACACAAAUACAGACAAACUGUCAUGUUUACAGCCACCAUGCCCCCACCUGUUGAAAGAAUAGCUCGUAAUUAUCUGCGAAGACCAGCCGUAGUACAUAUUGGCUCAGUUGGUAAACCGGUUGACAGAGUGGAACAAGUUGUUUACAUGGUUAAACAACAGGAGAAAAGGCAAAAGCUUGUUCAUUUGCUGGAGGCUGGAUUUGAACCUCCAGUUAUGACGUUUGUUAAUCAAAAGAAAGGAUGUGACGUGUUGGCAAAAUCACUGGAAAAGAUGGGAUAUAAUGCAACAACCUUGCAUGGUGGUAAGAGUCAAGAGCAGAGAGAGUUUGCAUUGGCCAGUCUUAAAAACGGUGAUAAGGAUAUUCUAGUUUGUACUGACGUCGCUGGGCGUGGUAUUGAUAUCAAAGAUGUUUCCAUGGUGAUCAAUUAUGAUAUGGCUAAAAACAUAGAAGAUUAUACCCAUCGUAUUGGUCGUACUGGUCGUGCUGGAAAAACUGGACUUGCUGUGUCUCUAGUGACACCUGAUGACAAAAUGGUGAUGUAUGAUUUGAAACAUUGUCUGCUUGCUAGUCCCGCAUCAACGUGCCCACCAGAGUUAGCCAAUCACCCUGAUGCCCAGCAUAAACCAGGAACAGUUAUGUCUAAAAAGAGAAAAGAAGAAACUCUUUAUGUGAAUUGAAAUGCAUGCUGACAAUGUAUGGUAUGAAGUAUAAUCUAUAUUGGGUAUGUAACGUACCAUGCCAGCGUGUGGACUGACUUUAGCUUGUUUGCGGAUAUACGCAAGUAUGACUAUCAGGGUUCUGCAACUAGCUUAAGAGAAUGCAGUAUAAAUGCAUUUAUAUGUAUUUGUGUAUGCUGAUCCAUUGUUUGCAUUUAUAGAUCAUUUAUCAAAGCAAACGUCUAUAUUGGGGCAUUCUGGCGUCGCUGCUGUAAGGUGCUCUGGAAAAUCAAAACGUACACGCAGCAAUCGUAAUGUCUUUGAUUAGGGGAGAGGUGGUCAAGGUGAUUUCAAUUACUAUUUUAGUUAUUUAGUUUGUUACAUCAGUUUUGCACUUGCAAAUUUUUGUUUAUAGAGGGAGGUGUAUGUUUAAAGAUAUUAUGUUUGCCGUGUACAUGUUUUAUUUAUCCACACUCCCUAAGAUAUACCUUUUGGCAGUAUCAACUUUUGAGAAUUUGUGUACAAUGUACACUUGUUUAAUAUAGAGUACACAAAGUUGUAUCGUUCAUAUUGUCUGUGAAAUGGCAAUUCAGUCAAAUGUUUAGGCGAGUAGAAAUGUUCUUUAACGAUUCUCUGUAUACAAAAACUUGUAUAAUAGAAUAGUUUGAAAACAAAUACUAGAUGUAAACAUUUUAUAAAAUGAAUACAAGUUUUUAUAAAUUCAUAGGCUUGUCAAAAUACCGAUUGAAGCCAUCUGUGAUAUUAAGUUCACUUCUAGAA